GCCUCGUGCCCCGAGGUGCCGCGGGGCGCCUGUUGUCCAGGCUAAUGGCCACCCUUCUGAGGCGCUGUCUCCUCCUCCUCCUGUGGGCCAGCUGCUUCCCCGGCCGCUGACAGGCCGCCGCCGCCGAGGAGACAUUUGACAGCGUGUAAAUGGCAUCUCAUCACGCUAGCAAAAUAGGCUGAGAGAAAAAUGAGCCAAAGAGGAAAAAAAAUCAGGAUUUUUACAACUGGCCCGAUGAAUCCUUUGAAGAAAUGGAUAGCACAUUAGCUGUUCAACAGUAUAUCCAGCAAAACAUAAGGGCAGACUGUUCUAACAUUGACAAAAUCCUGGAACCUCCUGAAGGCCAGGAUGAAGGUGUAUGGAAGUAUGAACAUUUACGACAAUUCUGUCUUGAGCUCAAUGGACUUGCUGUCAAACUUCAGAGUGAAUGCCACCCAGAUACAUGCACUCAAAUGACAGCAACUGAACAAUGGAUUUUUCUUUGUGCAGCCCAUAAAACUCCCAAAGAGUGUCCUGCAAUAGACUACACCAGGCACACGCUUGAUGGAGCUGCAUGUCUUCUGAAUAGCAAUAAAUAUUUCCCUAGCAGGGUUAGCAUAAAGGAAUCAUCUGUAGCCAAACUAGGAUCAGUGUGCCGUAGGAUUUACAGAAUAUUUUCCCAUGCGUAUUUUCAUCAUCGGCAGAUAUUUGAUGAAUAUGAAAAUGAAACCUUUUUGUGUCAUCGGUUCACUAAAUUUGUGAUGAAAUAUAAUUUGAUGUCCAAGGAUAACCUGAUUGUGCCAAUUUUGGAAGAAGAGGUGCAGAAUUCAGUGUCUGGAGAAAGUGAGGCAUGAUGGGAAUUGUGGUACAGAAGGCAACUGAACUGAAUACACAAUUGACAUUAUGUACUGUAUAUAUCAUUUUAAACACUUCAAUCAUGUAUCCUUAUCAUAGCUUUGUUUAGUAUACUUUUUGUAUGCUGUGUGCAUUGCCUUUUAAUAUGGGAAAUUCUUUAAGUUAUUCAUGAACUGUAUAUUCAUCAAUGUGGCACUCAUGGUUUUUAAAUAAAAUUAGUAUUAUCUGUUUAUAAUACCUGUUAAUAAAAGAAUUUACAGUUGUGUAAAAUUGCUGCUAAACAAUCAUUGGAUCACAAUCCUCAAAUGUGUCUGAUUUAAAAUAUUAGUGAGACUAUGGUUUCACAGAAGCCAUUUUCUAAUGAAAUAGCAAUGUUAGCCGUGGUUCUGAGUUUAAUACAUAUGUUAAAUUCAGACUCCUGCAGGAAGGUCUUUGUAAUUGUAGCUUACAUCUAAUUUUUUUUUUUUUUUAAAUAACUCAUUUGUUUCAAAGUUUGCUUCUGCUUUUGGGUGUGCAUAUAUAGUAUCCUUGAACAUGUAUAUGCAAAUGUUAAACACAACAACAGUAUUAGUAAUACCAAAUGUAUAUUUUUGAUCUACAUGAGAGACAGUUGUGGACUUUCUGGACAUAACUUUCUGUAACAGUGAAGGCCUGUAUACAUCAUGGAAGUGAUGUGUUGAGUCUUAAGUCCAGGAAAGAUUUUUUUUUUUCCUGAUGAAAAGUCCUCCACUUUCAUUCCUCCCAGAGACUUCUCAACUUUUCUUCUUGCCUAUAGUAAGGUACUUAGUGGUUUUAUACCUGUGCAUAUGUAUAACAACUGCUUACAGAUUAUACCUCAUCUUAUUCAUAUUACGCUACAGAACAAUGUAGUAGCAUAGUCGUGUUUAUAGUCUUAGUGGGGAAAAAAAAGAACUCUAGCCUUGCAAUACUUUGAUUCAUAUUGAGAGUAUGAUUAACAAUGUGCUUUCCUCUAUUCACCUGGAUUGUAUCCACUCUUAAGUGAAAUACAUCCAUACAUAUGUGGAGUGGUUUGCAGAUUUGCAAUAACUCACAAGUUCCAUGAGUGCUACUUAAUGGUGUUGAAUUAUCCACAAUUUGAUUAGAAUUAAAUGUUUUAAAGAGUAUUCUAGCAGACUUACUGUUAAUGAUGUACAUAAAUGAAGAAAAUCUAAAAGUACUAGCAGUGUUCUUAUAUUAAAUGGAUCUUAUUUAGGUAAGGUUAGUUUUGUGGCUUCUUCACAUAAUAGAGACUUUGUUGUCAUCAACCUGUUUAACUAUUGAAACAGGUUAAAGUGUUGGCCUUAGUGGGCCAAGCCAUUUAUCUAAACUAUACUUCCUCUUGAAGUUAUGCUUACCUGAGAAGUUAUGCUAAUUUAUUUUUGAAUAGUAAUUUAUUCAAAAUAUACUGAACAUGCCUUAAAUAGAUAAAUACAGAAUCUUAGAAGUCAAAAUAUACCCUAAGCUACUGUAUCAUUUGGAUGUAAAGGGAAUUUAAACAAUGAGAGCAUGGAGUGAUAAAGAUCUUCAAGUUCUGCCACCUUGGGCAGAUUGUUUUGUUUUCAUUUUUAAAAUUAUAUGUAAUGGUCAACAGGGUCACUGCAUCAGAUACACUCUUAGGGCAUGUCUACACAGCACCCUUACCUCAAAAUAAGCUAUGCAAUUUGCGCUAUGCAAAUUGUGUAACUUAGUUCAAAAUCUUAGUUUCAAAAUAAAGUGGUAUUCUGACAAGUCCUUUAGUCCUCGCGAAAUGAGAGUUGCAGGGACGCCGGAAUAAUGUGCCUGUUAUUUCAAAAUGUACAGUAUUUCAAAAUAAUGGGUGUGUUUAAAGAUGUGGAAUUGCUAUUUUGGGAUACUUCCAGUAUCCCAAAAUAGCCUCACUCUCUAAUAGCCCCAGUGAUUAGUUUAAAUUACUAAACUUGGAUACUUCAGGUUUAUCCUAUAGAGGUUAAGAUGACUUGAUAUCUUGAAAUUUGCACCCAGGGUAAUGGAUUAUACUUUUGAGGUAAUAAGAUUUAGUUAACUUUGUAACAAUCUGCUGUUGCAAGAUAGACCACGAUAUGUUUCUUUUACACGGCCACUUCGACAAGUUUACAUUGGCCAAAAUGACUGGGACAGGAAAAAAGCUGGUGCUGUUCACUACUUUUGUAAAUUUGAAGCUAGUGGAGCACUGCUCAGAACUUCCCCUUCUUUCAUGCUUUGAGUUCUAGUAAAAACUUCUGCAACAGUUAACCUUGUCUGUUCUCAUUCAUAUAAUAUUAUGUCAUACUGUAAAAUUGACUCACUGUACUAUCUAAGCUGAAUAUAAAAGACCUAAGAGAAACACUGCUUAUAUUUUUCUUGCUACUGUUUUCAUGAGUACUGACAGUGUACACACACAAGCCUGAGUGCUACCAUAAAACUCUGGCUUGUGUAAGCAAACCAUUGAUUUGUUCAGUAAAUAUUUUAAUGGUUCCAUUUACAAACUUACAUUCUUCUUAGAGAGAAACUGAGCUACAUUUGUCUUUUGAAUUAAGUUGUAAUUCUAAGACCCAGAAUUAAAAAACUAUUUUUACAUAUCAAUAUAUGUUGCUACAUGUUUCUCAUUUUUUUUUUCCUCCUCCAAGAAUGCAACUAACUGGAUACUACAUGCUUCCUAGAGGAAGUUCUGUGCUCUCCCCUCUCAGGAUACAAAAUAUGGUUGGAGGUCAUAAUAUUCAUCAUUUAAGAAUGUAGAAAUGUUGUGAUUUACUCACAUCUGUUACUCUGAAAAGAGUUUGCAUUUAUGCCCUGUUUUACUUUAGUACAAGCGUUAAAUGAUUCUGGAAUAUCAAGUAAGUGAAGGAAAUUCUUUUCAUAGAUCUUCUCGCUAGGUAUUAUUAAUACAAAUACCUAAAUAAGUGGCCUGAAUAUAAGCAAAGAACAGCUUUCAGGUUUUUUCCCAGAGCCAUGUAUGUCUUCUGAUUUGUAUUACUUAGCCACAGUAGUUCUGCUAGUCAACAGUAAAUGGACGCUAAGAUUUUAAUUCAAAAUACAGUGCUGAUUGUCUCAGUCUGGGCAAAGUAAAUCAAUAUUAAAAAUCAAAAUUCCAACUGUCCUGUCCAUUCUAUUCACUAGGUAGCAGGAAAAUGUUAAAACAGCAACCUGAACUCCUCUUUACUAAGAAGAGCAAAUAUACAAAAUAUAAAUAAAACGUGACUAGCUUUUGGUAAAGAGUUUAGAAAUCUAAUCAAAAUUUGGCUUUGUUUUAUCACCAUAAAUUGUUAAAGGGAAAUAUCUCUAUAUAUAACUUGAUAAGAGAUUUGAACUGUUACUAAGUGGUAUAAACUACUGUGGUCUUAAGUAAGGCAAAAUAAAACUCUUGGUUGCCUCUAAUAAUAAAAAACUAGUCACAAAUACAAAAAAGGACCUUGACUUUACAAAGAAGCCACUAGAAAUCUUAUGUAUAUAGCACCUUAACUGCAGAAGGUGCUUAAGGGAAUUUUUUCCACUUGCUGAGGUUUUUCCCCCUCAAACUGUUGUAGUGAAAAUGAAUCUGUUACAGGUAUGACACAGACACGAACUAUUGUGUUUAGACGCAUAUAUUAUCAGAAUCCAGAUGUAGUGAGAAAUUGUAUUUGUGGACAGGAAAUAAUUUAAUAAUUUGAAAGUGUAAGGUUUUUUAGAAGCUUAUGAACCGUCUUACUAUAUUCAAAAUCUCGAUUUUUAAUGUAUUUGUAUUUGUUAUGGUGUACGGCCUAGGGAACCAUUUAUAGUUCACACAUGUAAAAUCAAUUUUUUUUAAUGCUGUGUAAUCAAACUGGUUACUUGAUUUUUGUCUGGAGAAUUAGUCCAUGUGCCAGUAAAUAACACUAGCUUGAUUCUUAA